CAAGGGUACCGACAACAGAGUCUCGAGGACCUCAAGACCUCUCGAAGAUAUUGAGAGACUCUUGAAGGCCUCAAGUAGACCUCUCGAGAAUAGAUACUGAUAGACUCUAGAACCAGACCUCUAGUAUUUAAGAAGUCAUUGCCAUCUUUUAGAUACUCACACGACAGGCGGACGUCUAGGUGCUCACACAAAAGGACUCUCUUAAUUCUUGUACUCGCUUAUUUUUUCAGUUUUUCGAAUACUGUGCUUAUCUAUUCAAGUGCUGGACUCGUAAAAAUGCUUAUUGUCCUCCUGCUGAGGUCGAUGGGGGUGACGAGGUGGAAAUGAAGUCAAUUUCUUUUUUCGCAUAUCAUCAUGGGCAAUGGUUGUAUCUUCCAAAUGAAUCCAUAUCGACGUUCGUAGGUGUAAGUAAUUGGAAGAAAGAAAUUUAUCAUCACGACGUACUAACACAUGUACAUGCAACAAGAAUUAGAAGAUUGUUCGUUGAUUUUUUUUGAAAAAACAGGGAUGAAGGUGAAGAUUAUAGGACACUGCUCCAGCGGUUAAUGAUUUACUUACGUUGAGAAGAAACUGAGUUUUCAAGUAGGAUAUAAUUCUACGAGAUUGGUCUAACGACCAAAUGUCUCGCACACGAUGCACUUCCUCUUCUGAUUCUUUUCAUAAGUAAAGAUCCUCUGCUGCAUGCUGAUUAAUUCAAAUGAAUGGAGGACUCAUUGCCGCUUUCUUCGAAAGCCAUUCAUCUGACUCUCAACAUUAUCACAACAUCAAAUUGACUACAAUUACUUAUACAUACAACAC